CCGCUGUCCGUUGGCCACGGGUGGAGACAACAAUGUGAGGUACAUGUGAUACUCAACUAAACAGUUGCAACUUUUGGAUUCUUUCAAUGCACAAUAUUCUCAAACCCUUUCAGGAUCCUUAAAAAAUGUUUGGUAGUAGUGGAAUUUAAAUUUGGAGUUAAACACAAAUUCAUUGUAGACCAACGCCCCACAAUAAGUUUGAAUGAUAAGAAGCUAAAUAAAACAACUGAACUGAUAGACUGGAAGGCCCAGUUGCUAUAACAUAUCUAUAAAGCUGGGAGACAGCAGCAAGAUGCUGUCCUCUACAGACAUUGAUUCACUGACCAGUGUGAGGAGGAGUCUCGUCCCUCAGACGUCUUAAUGAAGGCACUGCUCUGGCUGAGAACUGAGACUGAGUCCUAAAAGACGGACAAGUGCGGCACUGUCGCUUCCUGCUGUUGGGUAACCUUUAUAGUCUGGGUAGUAGGAUCUCCCCAUUGCCCCCUAAAGCCUCAAGAUGGGUCCAUUCUUAGACUUCAACCCCUUUGAUAAUCUGCUGUGCAUUCUCUUGGGCAUCUCCUUCACUGUGUGGUUCACCCUACUGCUCGUCUUCAUCAUCGUGCCUGCCAUCUUUGGAGUGUCCUUUGGAAUUCGCCGGCUCUACAUGAAAACCUUACUGAAGAUCUUUGAGUGGGCCACGCAUAGAAUUGAAAGAGGAGCCAAGGACAACAACCAUCUCUUGUACAAGCCCUACUCGAAUGCCAUCAUUGCCAAGGAGCCCACCUCCCUGGAGGAGGAGAUUAAUGAGAUCCGGCGCCGCGGCAGUAACCGGGACCUGGACUCCGCUUCUGAGUUUGAGAUGUCUGACAUCUUCUACUUCUGCCGGCGAGGAGUGGAGAGCAUCAUGGACGACGAGGUGACCAAGAGGUUUUCUGCUGAGGAGCUGGAGUCAUGGAACCUGCUGACCCGUAGCAACUAUAACUUCCAGCACAUCAGCCUGAGGCUGACGGUCCUGUGGGGGCUGGGGGUGGUGAUCCGCUACGGCUUCCUGCUGCCUCUCAGGGUAACUCUUGCCUUCACCGGGGUGGGUCUUCUUGUCGUUCUCACAUCCAUCAUCGGGUUUCUUCCAAAUGGGAGGAUGAAGAACUUCCUCAGUGAGCAGGUGCAUCUGAUGUGUUACCGUAUCUGUGUCAGAGCGCUCACUGCCAUCAUCACCUACCACGACAGUGAAAACAAGCCCAAGAAUGGAGGGAUCUGUGUGGCCAACCACACCUCACCCAUCGAUGUCAUCAUCUUGGCCAGUGAUGGCUGCUAUGCAAUGGUUGGGCAAAUCCAUGGUGGUUUGAUGGGCGUAAUCCAGAAGUCUAUGGUGAAAGCCUGUCCACACAUUUGGUUUGAACGCUCUGAAGUCAAAGACCGACAUCUAGUGGCCAAAAGGUAGUAAUGCACAUCUGCACUUUUGGGUUGGAAGUCAGUCCGCUCGAGUCUGGUAGGUACCAAACUCAGUCCUCCUGACUAGAGUUUCGGAAGCUUUUUGUCAGCACGAUGUGUCAAUAAUAAAGGGGGCUGUGCAUUUACUGGUUGGUUCAGUCUUCCCACUCAAAAAAAAGUAUCCCCUUGUUAAAAAAGAGUUUGAGAGAACCAAUCAAAGCUCGCUCUAUUUCUAAGCAAAUAUAUACGCACAAAAAAGAAUCCUGUGCAGACCUGUGGGGCACAGCGCUCCCUCGCUGUGUACCACGUUAGUCAUGUCAGCCAGGCUAACUCAGCUGUACCUUAGCAAAGACCUAAAGAAUUUAUACUGAACAAAAAUAAACGCAACAUGUAAAGUGUUAGUUUCAUGAGCUGAAAUAAAAGAUCCCAGAAAUGUUCAAAAUGUAUAAACUUAUUUCUCUCAUAUUUUGCGCACAAAUUCAUUUACAUCCCUGUUAGUGAGCAUUUCUCCUUUGCCAAGAUAAUCCAUCCACCUGACAGGUGUGGCAUAUCAAGAAUCUGAUUAAACAGCAUGAUCAUUGCACAGGUAGGUGCCCCUUGUGCUGGGGACAAUAAAAGGCUACUCUAAAAUGUUCAGUUUUGCCAUACAACACAAUGCCACAGAUGUCUCAAGUUUUAAGAGAGCAUGCGAUUGGCAUGCUGACUGCAGGAAUGUCCACCAGAGCUGUUGCCAAAGAAUUGAAUGUUUAUUUCUCUACCAUAAGCCACCUCAAAUGUCAUUUUAGAGAAUUUGGCAGUACGUCCAACCGGCCUCACAACCACAGAUCACAUAUAACCACACCAGGCCAGGAACUCCACAUCUAGCGUCUUCCCCAGCGGAUUCGUCUGAGACCAGCCACCCGGACUGAGUAUUUGUCUGUAAUAAAACCCUUUUGUGGGGAAAAACUCAUUCCGAUUGGCUGGGCCUGGCUUCCCAAGUGGGUGGGCCUAUGUACUCCCAGGCCCACCAAUGGCUGCGUUCUUUCCCAGUCAUGUGAAAUCUUUAGAUUUAGGGCCUAAUGAAUUUAUUUAAAUUGACUGAUUUCCUUAUAUGAACUGUAACUCAGUUGCAUGUUGUGUUUUUUUUUGUUACGUAUAAAUGGAUAAUUGACAAAUCCAUUGACGGUUUACUGUGACCAUGUUUUGAUUUAACGACUAUUUUGGGUUUAGUGUUUGUGUAUUGGUAAAGACUAGUCAAGCUGUAUUUAAUCAAUAUACUGUACACUAGAGCUGGGACGAUAAAUCAAAAAUUUGACACCAACCAAACUGACCACUCAUCGAAGACAUUUUAUUGAUAACGAUAAGUAGCCUAUAGUAGAGAAAUGUGAAGUUUGAAAUAAGUCUUUAAUUUGGGCAAUUGCUAAGUACAACAUUCAGCGUAGUAGUAGUAGCAAGUAUACAAAAGUAACUAGUGCACAUUAUUGUUAGACUUAUUGUUCUAUUUAUUUAUCAUGAGAAUUCAGUUAAUUUAUCGGGAUAUAGAUUUGUCCAUAUAGCCCAGUUCUACUGUACACUUACAACUCCUCUUGUGUUUCAGAUUGAGUGAUCAUGUAGAAGAUACAACUAAACUUCCUAUUCUCAUUUUCCCCGAAGGCACCUGCAUCAACAACACUUCAGUAAUGAUGUUUAAAAAAGGCAGCUUUGAGAUUGGCUCCACAGUCUACCCUGUGGCCAUCAAGUACGACCCCCGCUUUGGAGAUGCCUUCUGGAACAGCAGCCAGUUUGGGAUGGUCAACUACCUGCUGAGGAUGAUGAGCAGCUGGGCCAUUGUGUGCAGUGUGUGGUACCUGCCACCCAUGACCAAAGAGGAAGGAGAGGAUGCAGUCCAUUUUGCCAGUCGGGUCAAAGCAGCUAUCGCCAGGCAAGGAGGGCUGGUGGACUUGCUAUGGGAUGGCGGUUUAAAGCGAGGGAAAGUAAAAGAUACAUUCAAAGAGGAGCAACAAAAGUUAUACAGCAAAAUGCUAGUGGGAACCCAAGAGGACCGCAGUCGUUCUUGAAGUCAAACGUAUGGAGUAUGAGAUCAUCAGAGACCCACUUGUGGACAACAGAAUGGACAGUCUUCUGCACCCUUAAGGAUUUUUUUUGACCUGGAAUACUCCAACCCUCAUGUCAGGAAUUCUUCACUUGGCUUCCUCGGUCAGUGCCUCAGCUUGGCAUAUUAAGUUCUUAUUGCUGUUACAGCCCAUUCUGGGCACUGUCCUCUGUUUCUAAUGAUUUGACAAUGGACUGGCCUCUACUGCACCAGCCUGUCAUGAUGCUGCGCACUAAGAGUUCUCUCACCAUCAGGGAAGAUAACACACUGUCUUUUGAGUGACUAAUAUAUUUAUGACCUUCAUUGAGUUAAUGUAUAUGUUUUGUUCUUAUCCUGUCUCUGUUUAUUGUUAAUAGUAUUAUGACAGUUAUCAUAAUUGUUCUUUAAGUUACAAGUGAUCUGCUAGGGGACGUAGCAGUGCAGCAUAGAGAAGUAUUGGAGCGCUUGUACUGAAGGGGAAAUCUGUGACCAUGUUGUUCCCAACAGACUGAGAUGGCAAGGUGCCACGUGAAUGUUUCUAAUACUUUUUUAAUUCUUUUUUUCAAUGAAAACCUUUUUAUUGUAUUCAUGUGUAAAAUAUAGGAGUUAUGUUAAAGUGGA